AUGCCACCGCUAUCACUGCGACAAGAAUUUCCUACACUUCGACAUUUCAAAGAAGCUCUCCACGUCUGGGCCAUCGAAGCACAUUUCGAGCCACGCAUCCUCAAGUCCGACACGGGCCGUGUGCGUGUCGGCUGUAAGCGUGAUCCCAAGUGUCCAUUCGUGGUGCGCUGCAAUUGGGAACGCAAGAACGGACGGGAUCCUCUUGCCCGCAUCACAGUCUUAAAGGAACGACAUACAUGUCUCGAUGGGAUGGAAUGGAGAGGUGUGCCAGUAAAUGCAGCUCUUAGGCAAGAGCGUACCCUUGUGGCGGCAAGCACUCACGACAGUGUUUUAUCUCCGUCGCCACCACCCUCUUUAUUAGGACAGCAUCAGCAGCAACAAGAAAUUCAACAAUUAGAGAUUCAUACUGACCCCUCGACUGGCUUUAUCAUAGGUGGAGCGCGCAUUGUUGGUUCACUUCCACCACGACAGCCGCGAAUAUCACCUGUAGACCCUUCAACUGUGCCGAUAGCUCCAAAGGUCCACCGAAAUUCUGCCAGCCGGCUACAAUUUCUGAUUGAAAUUAUACCGCGUCUAAUGGAAAUAUCUUUAGAGACGGCACCAGCUGAGAUUCGCGAGUGCCUUAUGCGGGAGUAUGGACAAGAAGUUAACGUACAACAGUGUCGUAGGGCCAAAAUUGAGAUCCUGAAACGACAAGCAAGUAAGAAGGGAGGAAUGAACGAAAGUACACGACCUAUGAUAGAGAGUGACUGUGAUGAAAAAGAAAACCCUGAAAGUACUAGUGACAAAACUGGAUCGACCAACACUGGUACCUUCACCAGCUACCUAUCCAGUGUUCCUAGUGUCCCCUUCACCACUGCACCCGAUUCCCAUGCACAAGCUAAAAAUGGCGCUGGAGGUAUAGAACUAGAUGUCAAUCUUCAGGUUAACAGUAGCGAAAAACUGAAUAGAAGCAGCAACCCGAUUAGCAUUAGAUCUCCCGCCGAGGCCACUACUGAUGAUGUGAGCCCUCCACGACAGUUCCCUUUGCACGCAACAAGUAACGUCGCAAUUUUGCCCUCAACUCCAAUACCACCGGCCGUAAGUAUGGUGGCAUCAGAACCACCGGUUCGUUGUCCAUACUGUGUGAAUCAUAGAUAUAUGCGAACAGUUCGGGAAGCUGUUGAGCAUAUGAGUAUGCAUGUCGUCGUUUAA